UAUCGUGACUUGGUCGGGUGGCAUAUACAGAAGAGGAAGUAAAGGCUAUGGCAGCUGAGAUUGAGGUGGAGGAUGGGCCUAAUGAUGAGGGUGAAAUGUUUACUCAUCCUGGUAAACUGAGUGAUCGCUUUCCUCAGCCAUAUCCAAAUGAAGCAGCUGCUAGAUUUGCUAAUGGAGGAGCCUACCCUCCAGAUUUAAGUCUUAUUACAAAAGCACGUCAUAAUGGUCAAAACUAUGUGUUUUCCCUUCUAACUGGCUAUCGUGAUCCUCCUGCUGGUGUUUCGGUAUGUAUCUUAGCCAUUGUGUAUCUUAGACUCUAAUUUCGAAUCUUGAAG